AUGGAACGAUCCACCAGGGAGCUGUGUCUCAACUUCACCGUUGUCCUGAUUACAGUUAUCCUUAUAUGGCUCCUUGUGAGAUCCUAUCAGUACUGA